AUCCCUUGGGUCCUCCAGACGAAAUUCUCCCAUAUGUUGGCAUUUUACUUGGUCUGUGUUUGUUUGUGAUUUGCAUUGCAAUCUACACCUUAUCUCUUGAAGCCACAAAUACCGCGUGGGAUAUGUUGGGGAUUUGGAAGCUGAACUUUACUGUGAUUUGUGCUUUCUGGGCCUCAGUUCUCUCAAGAAUAUAAUGGCACCAGUAGUACUUCCUUCACCUGGCUCUUCUGAGGAUUCAGGGAGCUAAUUGUGUGUGUGUGCGGUGCUUAAGGCGAUCCUCCGGGGUGGGUAGAGCAGUGGUACCACCUUACCAAGCACCUUCUGCGCGCCAGGUGCUGUUGCAAGCCAUGUGAUGCGAGCCUUGUGAUGCGAAGUCGUCUCUCUAAAGGCUGUCCAGGCUCUCAAAGGAGCCAGAGGCCCGACCACAUUGUACCUCCAGUAUAAUGGGAACCACGGUAGAGGAAGCAUACCGGGGCUGUGCCCGCCCGGAAGGCGCAUUAACCUGGAGCGGAUCUGGAAAGAAGGACGUCCAGGAUAAAGUGACACCUGGAGAGAGAUGAGAAGCGCCUUCCAGGCUGGGGGGCCCAGUGUUCACCAUCACACCAGGGGCCAGAGGCCAUGGCUUGCCUCCAUGAGACCCGAACACCCUCUCCUUCCUUUGGGGGCUUCGUGUCUACCCUAAGUGAGGCAUCCAUGCGCAAGCUGGACCCAGACACUUCUGAUUGCACUCCCGAGAAGGACCUGACGCCUACCCAGUGUGUACUUCGAGAUGUGGUACCCCUUGGUGGGCAGGGUGGGGGAGGGCCCAGCCCCUCCCCAGGUGGAGAGCCGCCCCCUGAGCCUUUUGCCAACAGUGUCCUGCAGCUACAUGAGCAGGAUGCAGGGGGCCCAGGGGGCGCAGCUGGGUCACCUGAGAGUCGGGCAUCCAGAGUUCGAGCUGACGAGGUGCGACUGCAGUGCCAGAGUGGCAGUGGCUUCCUUGAGGGCCUCUUUGGCUGCCUGCGCCCUGUCUGGACCAUGAUUGGCAAAGCCUACUCCACUGAGCACAAGCAGCAGCAGGAAGACCUUUGGGAGGUCCCCUUUGAGGAAAUCCUGGACCUGCAGUGGGUGGGCUCAGGGGCCCAGGGUGCUGUCUUCCUGGGGCGCUUCCACGGGGAGGAGGUGGCUGUGAAGAAGGUGCGAGACCUCAAAGAAACCGACAUCAAGCACUUGCGAAAGCUGAAGCACCCCAACAUCAUCACCUUCAAGGGUGUGUGUACCCAGGCUCCCUGCUACUGCAUCCUCAUGGAGUUCUGCGCCCAGGGCCAGCUAUAUGAGGUACUGCGGGCUGGCCGCCCUGUCACCCCCUCCUUACUGGUUGACUGGUCCAUGGGCAUCGCCGGUGGCAUGAACUACCUGCACCUACACAAGAUUAUCCACAGGGAUCUCAAGUCACCCAACAUGCUAAUCACCUACGACGAUGUGGUGAAGAUCUCAGAUUUUGGCACUUCCAAGGAGCUGAGUGACAAGAGCACCAAGAUGUCCUUUGCAGGGACAGUAGCCUGGAUGGCCCCUGAGGUGAUCCGCAAUGAGCCUGUGUCUGAGAAGGUCGACAUCUGGUCCUUUGGUGUGGUGCUGUGGGAACUGCUGACUGGUGAGAUCCCCUACAAAGACGUAGAUUCCUCAGCCAUCAUCUGGGGUGUGGGAAGCAACAGUCUCCAUCUGCCCGUGCCCUCCAGUUGCCCAGAUGGUUUCAAGAUCCUACUUCGCCAGUGCUGGAAUAGCAAACCGCGAAAUCGCCCAUCAUUCCGACAGAUUCUGCUGCAUCUGGACAUUGCCUCAGCUGAUGUACUCUCCACACCCCAGGAGACUUACUUUAAGUCCCAGGCAGAGUGGCGGGAAGAAGUAAAACUGCACUUUGAAAAGAUUAAGUCAGAAGGGACCUGUCUGCACCGCCUAGAAGAGGAACUGGUGAUGAGAAGGAGGGAGGAGCUCAGACAUGCCCUGGACAUCAGGGAGCACUAUGAAAGGAAGCUGGAGAGAGCCAACAACCUGUAUAUGGAACUUAAUGCCCUCAUGUUGCAGCUGGAACUCAAGGAGAGGGAGCUGCUCAGGCGAGAGCAAGCUUUAGAGCGGAGGUGCCCAGGCCUGCUGAAGACACACCCUUCCCGGGGCCUCCUGCAUGGAAACACAAUGGAAAAGCUUAUCAAGAAGAGGAAUGUGCCACAGAAGCUGUCACCCCAUAGCAAAAGACCAGAUAUCCUCAAGACAGAGUCUUUGCUACCUAAACUAGAUGCAGCCCUAAGUGGGGUUGGGCUUCCUGGGUGUCCUAAGGGUCCCCCCUCACCAGGACGGAGUCGCCGUGGCAAGACCCGUCACCGCAAGGCCAGCGCCAAGGGGAGCUGUGGGGACCUGCCUGGGCUUCGUACAGCUGUGCCACCCCAUGAACCUGGAGGACCAGGAAGCCUAGGAGGGGGACCCUCAGCCUGGGAGGCCUGCCCUCCCGCCCUCCGUGGGCUUCAUCAUGACCUCCUGCUCCGCAAAAUGUCAUCAUCAUCCCCAGACCUGCUGUCAGCAGCACUAGGGUCCCGGGGCCGGGGGGCCACAAGCGGAGCUGGGGAUCCUGGCUCACCACCUCCGGCCCGGGGUGACACCCCACCAAGUGAGGGAUCAGCCCCUGGCUCCACCAGCCCAGAUUCACCUGGGGGAGCCAAAGGGGAGCCACCUCCUCCAGUAGGGCCCGGUGAAGGUGUGGGGCUUCUGGGAACUGGAAGGGAAGGGACCUCGGGCCGGGGAGGAAGCCGGGCUGGGUCCCAGCACUUGACCCCAGCUGCACUGCUGUACAGGGCUGCCGUCACCCGAAGUCAGAAACGUGGCAUCUCAUCAGAAGAGGAGGAAGGAGAGGUGGACAGUGAAGUAGAGCUGACAUCAAGCCAGAGGUGGCCUCAGAGCCUGAACAUGCGCCAGUCACUAUCUACCUUCAGCUCAGAGAAUCCAUCAGAUGGGGAGGAAGGCACAGCUAGUGAACCUUCCCCCAGUGGCACACCUGAAGUCGGCAGCACCAACACUGAUGAGCGGCCAGAUGAGCGGUCUGAUGACAUGUGUUCCCAGGGCUCAGAAAUCCCACUGGACCCACCUCCUUCAGAGGUCAUCCCCAGCCCAGAACCCAGCUCCCUGCCCAUUCCACACCAGGAACUUCUCAGAGGAAAGCAGGGCCCUCCCAAUUCUGAGGACUCAGACUGUGACAGCACUGAAUUGGACAACUCCAGCAGCGUUGAUGCCUUGCGGCCCCCAGCUUCCCUCCCUCCAUGAAAGCCACUCAUAUUCCUUGUACAUAGAGAAAUAUUUAUAUAAAUUAUAUAUAUAUACAUAUAUAUAUAUAUAUGCGCCACAUAAUCAACAGAAAGAUGGGGCUGUCCCAGCCAUAAGUCAGGCCGAGGGAGACUGAUCCCCUGACCAAUUCACCUGAUACUCUAGGGACACUGGCAGCUGUGGAAAUGAGGCACAGCCGUAGAGCUGUGCCUAAUGGCAAACUGGCCCCUUCCUGCCCCACCCCAUUCCUUAUAUUCAGCAAGCAACAAGGCAAUAGAAAAGCCAGGGUUGUCUUUAUAUUCUUUAUCCCCAAAGAAUGGGGGUGGGGGGAGGGAAGGGUGGGAGGGGCAGGAGAGAAAACCACUUAAGACUGCACUUUUCUGUUCUGUUUUACUCUGUUUACACAUUUUGCACUUGGGAGAAGGGAGACUAAGGCUGGGUCCUCCCCUCUGAGGAUUCUCAGGUGGCAAUGUAACUCUUUUUUUUGUCCCUCCAUUGAUCUUCUCUGCCCAAGCCCUGUCUUAGGGUCCAGGGGGAGGUUAGGAGACUGAUAGCAUGUGAUGGCUCAGGCUGAAGAACUGGGGUGCUGUUUAAGUCCCUACUUUCUUCCUGGUGCCUGAUUGGGGUGGGGACUGUCCUACUGUAACUCCUGUGAAAAACCUUGAAAUAUAACCACUCCAUGCAGGCCCAGCUGUUGAGGGUUUUCUUGAUGAAUGAAUGGGGUACCAUACAUGGUUAAGAUAAAGCCUUGGGCUCCGGACUUCAUCUAAGGUGUCUGGACAAGUUCUCCUGCCCCUCCACUUUUUUGCAUCUGUUCUCACUAAAUUGAGUAUAAUGUCAAGCCCCAACUUUCUAAAAUUAUAGGAAUAAAUGGUAGCGGGUACAUCCUUCUAACUCGUUAUGGAGGACUAUAAAUGAAAUUACUAAAAACAAUACACUGAAAUUUUUAGUUUAAAAUAUGCAAGCCUGAACAAGGGGACCAACAUUCCCAAGAAACUGGAACCCAGUCAGACAUAUGACCAACUGCUUAAUGUGUAUGCCAUGUAUGUCAUGUGUCAUUCCUUUCUCCCACCCCCAAGUGGAUGUGCUUGCCUGCUUGUAGGACAGGUAAGUCCUGGGAAAGUCUAAUCCUCAAUCUUUUGGACACAAGUUUUAUAAGGGCCAACCAAGCAUGAAAUCAGGGAAAAAUAGGAUCAAGGGCCACAAAAAAAGAUGGAAGUGGUAAAAUAGAAGAAAACAUCUUAACCGGAAUAAAGGCUUCUAUUCAAAACCCAAGAAGGGUCCUUUGAGGGAUAAAAGGUACAAAAAUAACAGCAAGACAAGAGGAAUAAAACCCACAUGAAUCACUGUGGCAUCCAGUUUCUAUUCACAAAGAAAAAGCUCCAGUCCAUCUUUUAAUUUUUUUGAAAAAUUCCUGACAUUACAGAACUAAACUGAAAUGUAUUAAUAUUCCACUCUUACAUUUCCAUGACAAACAGAAAAAUUCAUGAGCCAAAAAAACAAAACAAAAAACCAAAAAAAAAAAAAAAAAAAAAAAAAA